CAUGUGCAGCAGCCAGCAGGUAGGGGUCGUCUUGUUCCUAUGACGACAAGGUCGUCCUACGUUUGUUGUGCACAUUUAUGAUCAGCCAGCCACUUCUUGAUUAGAAAAUAAAGUACAACUGCAAGCCAAUUGCCCUCUUUUAGUAUCAAACUCCAAUUGUAUUUGCUCUUUCUUGAAACCCCUUGAUUUUAAUUAAUUCCAACAGUUGAAAACUAAUUAUGGCUGAGACAAAACCAGCGGUAGGCAAAGCAGGAACUAGUCUAAACUUUGUAGCAAACGACCAGAUUUGGAAAGAUCAUAUCAAGUAUGAAAUAGAUGCGGCCCGUCGAUGGCCUAAUGAUUGGGGCUUUCUCAGGACAAGUUACGGUGACUUGGUAAAAGACGACUUCCAGAAACGAGAGAUCAAAAAGAUUGAGCUACCCCCACCGCUGACUCUGCCACCUAUCACUCCAAUCUCAAGAUACAUCAAGGUGCUGCCAUCACCCAAGCCCUACCCUACGACCUCCAACUCUACCAUUGGCUGGAGAUCUGGACACCGUGAACACCGACUUGAGAAAUACGGGUCUUAUGCCCGCCCGAAGGGAGGGCUGGUCAAGCAGCUGAACUGGCCAGCAGAAGGAAUCGAGUAACUCCUUGAUAGAUCAGCAGAAAGACUGACACUACAAUCAACAAGGGCUAGUGUUGGACAAAGUGACUGAGCCUUGGUUGGCAUUGAGGAACUGUCGACUAUUCACAGUGUCUGCUGGGUGUCAACCUACAGAGAACGUUUGUGGCUUUGCCAGUACAGUUACAGAUGAUUUGACUUGCAUCUCUUGUGACAAAUGGAUCACACAUGAGAGUUCCAAGUCCAUGAAGGUGUACAGAGUCAACCAUACAGGGCAUGUAGAAUGUUUGAGCACUAAGAAUUUGAUUUCAAAACUUCAAAUGAUGCAUCCCAACCAUUGUCACUAACAGGCCGGGUUUUAUUUCAAGCUACACAGUACGAGUCAAAAGAAAGCGACCGGGUUAGAAAAACAAUUAACAAUAAAAUAACAUUGAAUCAAAAAUAACGGAAAGAUUCCCAUAUCUGGCCAUCGCUACAUUUUCCCUUCAGUGACCUAUCAGCCAUCAGAAAGUGAUAAUAUGCCCUAAAAAGUAAUAUUUAGCCGGGAAAAUAUUGAAGUUUUUACUAAGAAAACUCUUAGAAAUUUUCAGACCAGUCCCAUAUGGUUUGUGCACAGGGGGACAAGUGAUGGCCAGAUAUGGGAAUCUUUCCAAAAUAACAUGGGAAUAAAGUAGUUGUUAUGGACUUAAAACUGAACAUUUCUAGUUACAUGUAUAAACAUCACAAAAUAGAAAUAUCACAAAAUUCAGCUGUCCACCACUGAUCAAUAACUGAUACGCAUUGAUGAAUACCUUUUAAAUACAAUGAAAGACAACUUGCAAAAGAAAACAGACAAAAAAUUACCAUUCUCAUUUCAGAAAAAGACUUCAUUUAUUCCUCGUAUCAAACUUGGAAUGUUUAUACAAUAAACAUGCUGUACCAUUAAGCACAUAUUGAAGACUUCAUUUGGUGAUGUUGGUUGAUCAUUUUUAUGAAACCUUGUUUUCAUUUGAUCGUCCCUUUCAAACAGGCCGUACCGGUAUGUCUCCAUUUUCCAGAUAAACUGACUACAUGUAUAAACCAUUUAACAAAAUCAGCUGUUAUGUACACGUAGUUCCAUGCAUAUUUUCUUGUUGCAAGUACAUGUACAUGUAUUUAUUUUUUAUGCAAUUGUUAGAAGUGGGUUCAUUGCAGCGCACAUUAGCUUCCAAAACGUGACAAAAUGUGGAGUCUGGCUGUUUUAUGUGUGGCUCAGUUGAGCAUAUGGCAUUUUAUAUGUGCUUUCUUCAUCAUUAUCUGUCGUGUUU